AUGAAUUUUUGUUACAGCAGCCUCAUCCAAAUCCACUGCCACGCAAUGGAAUCAGUUUUACGAAUGUUUCUGAGAGGAGCGCAGUUCAAAGAGGAGGUCAGUUCAAAAGGAAAAGUAGCGCUAGUAACCAGUGCAACAACACCCCUCGGUAUGCAGACCGUCCUGGAACUUAACAAAAAAGGAGCAUUGGUGUACAUGCUGUGCCGUUCAGUGGAACGAGGGCUGGGAGCUCGGCGAUGCCUAAAUGACGUUCGUAUUUGCUGAAU